GCGUAGAAUGAGGGGAUAAAGAGUGGCGGGUUUAUGGUUGUAGGCGACGAUGAUGAACGCUUCUCUAGCAAACAUUUGAUCAUGCUAACCGGCCUUGCGUAGAAAGACCUAAUUGAGAAAGUGGAACCGCUGUCUUUAUUUCUACAUUUCAACAUUUGAAUUAACCUUUAUCUAACUAAAACUACGGAGAAGGCUCUAUUGUACGGUCAUCGUUCGCGCGUCCUUGUUUUGGAUUUUUGAUAGGUUCCGCUUCAGACUUUCUCACUUUACCGACAUGUUUCGCUUGCAGUCCCUGGCAGCUCGGUCACUGAUCGCCGGAGCUCUUGAUCAGUAUACUCCUUUGACACUCAAAUCUUUACCGAGUCUCAAUGGGGUGAGACACAAAUCUCAAGGUCCCUCCGUAGAGAAGUACGGACAGAUGCGCUUCAGCACCGCCGAGGCUAAAAUUGAUGCUGGGCUUUUUAAUGGAAAAAUGCGGGAGAGGAUUCUCAGCAUGGAGACAUUGAACCCGCAGGUGAAGGCUGUGGAGUAUGCGGUGAGAGGACCCAUUGUCAUUAAAGCUGGAGAAAUAGAGAGAGGCUUGGAGGAGGGCAGUACAAAACCCUUCUCUGAGGUCAUCAAAGCCAAUAUUGGUGAUGCACAUGCCAUGGGACAGCAACCAAUCACCUUCCUCAGACAGGUGGUGGCUCUCUGUACAUUCCCUGAACUGAUGGACAGCCCCAGUUUCCCAGAGGAUGCAAAAUGGAGAGCACGGCGUAUCCUGCAGGGCUGUGGCGGAUACAGUCUUGGGUCCUAUAGUGCAAGCCAGGGUGUAGAGUGCAUCCGUAAAGACAUUGCAGCAUAUAUUGAGCAAAGAGAUGAGGGAGUGCCUUCCAAUUGGGAAGACAUUUUUCUCACCACCGGUGCGAGUGAUGGCAUUAUGACUAUUCUGAGACUACUGGUGUCCGGAAAAGGCAGUUCUCGUACUGGUGUAAUGAUCCCCAUCCCUCAAUACCCGCUCUAUUCAGCUGCCAUCUCAGAGAUGGAUGCAGUGCAGGUCAACUACUACUUGGAUGAAGAUAACUGCUGGGCCCUUGACAUCAAUGAACUUCACAGAGCCUAUCAGGCUGCUAAACAGCACUGCCAACCUCGUGUCAUUUGUAUCAUCAACCCUGGAAACCCAACUGGUCAAGUCCAGAGUAAAAAAUGCAUUGAAGAAGUCUUGCACUUUGCCCAUCAGGAGAAUCUCUUCGUUUUGUCAGAUGAGGUCUACCAGGACAAUGUGUAUGCUUCUGACUGUCAGUUCCACUCCUUCAAGAAGGUGCUAUAUGAGAUGGGCCCUGAGUACUUCAACAGUGUGGAGCUCGUCUCUUUCCAUUCUACCUCCAAAGGGUACACUGGAGAGUGUGGUUUCAGGGGUGGAUAUAUGGAGGUGAUCAACAUGGAUCCAGAGGUCAAGGCCCAACUAGUAAAGCUUUUAUCAGUGAGACUGUGCCCUCCCUUGGCUGGCCAGGCUGCCAUGGAUGUCAUUGUCAACCCUCCACAACCAGAUGAGCCCUCAUUUAAGCAAUUUUACCAGGAGAAAACUGCAGUGCUGGGAGCUUUAGCAGAGAAAGCUAAACUGACUGAGCAAAUCCUGAAUGCAGUUCCAGGAAUUAAGUGCAAUCCCGUCCAAGGAGCCAUGUACGCUUUCCCCCGCAUCUUUAUUCCUCCUAAAGCAGUGGAAGAAGCCAAUGCUUUAGGAAUGAAACCAGACAUGUUCUACUGCCUGAGGUUGCUGGAAGAGACCGGAAUCUGUGUUGUUCCUGGUAGCGGCUUUGGGCAGAAAGAUGGAACAUACCAUUUCAGAAUGACGAUCCUGCCGUCCACAGAGAAGCUGAAGGUGCUCCUUGCCAAAGUUCAUGAUUUCCAAGUCAAGUUCUUGCAAGAAUUUUCUGCUUUGGAGCAGCUACAGAGAUAAUAUAAGUUGGCCAAGCCCAGCACGACAACUUGAACUAAUUUUUGUUAACUUAAAUUAAUAACAACAAAGGUAGUGUUAAGGGCCUUGCGUGCUAAGUUUAUUUUUUGUUUUAUACAUGAUUUUAGGAGAUUAUGGCCAUGUUAUUUUUUGGUAGAUAUACUUUUGCAAGGUGGUUUAACCCAAAUGUAACACUAAGAUUAAUUUUUUUAUGUAGAUGCAUGUAUUCUGGUUUUAAUUUGUUCUUAAAUUGUUCAUUUGUAAACCAUGUGCAUGGUGAACAAACACACACAUGAGAUUAGACAACAAUGACUGCAAAUUUUUCACAAAACUGUAGUCUGGCCACUUCAGCAAUUAUUUGCACAUAAGAUUGUGUUGCCAUAUCCUCUAGGUCCGCUGCAAUUUCUGACUAUUCUUGUAUUUUUGAAUACUUCAAAACAUGAAAUGAUUUAGCUGAUACAUUUCAUUUUUUCACUUUGAUAGUAGAUUUUUUUGUGAGCGGAAAAGGAUGUUUAUGACUGAAAUUCUGAAGGUACGUCAUAUGGGUGAGAUUUUGAAAAGUUUACAGGGAGGAACUUUUUAUUAUGUCGGUUGUCCUCACCUUAGUUGCACUCAUUGCCAUGCAAUGUACAUGUUUUAUUUAAAAAUGAGAAACUUAAUUGCAAGUGAAGGUUCUGUUGGCAUCUUUGACCCAUGUUUACUGUAUAUAUGUUGCAUCAUGGGCAUUUGAAAACAUUGACUGAAGCAUGUGUUGGGGAAAGUUAUGUUGAAAGUUCUGGACUGUGACUAAUUUUACUAAUGUAUUUUCUCCAGGUUUAGCAAAGUAAAUGUUACACUUAAUCGUAGUCCCGUUUAAAAUAAGGUUGAUUUCAGAGAGUAAUUUGUGCCAAAGUUGCAAAUUCUGUUUUUUAACCUAAAUUAUCUAUUUUAAAUCUCAAUUUUAAAGGACUCUGUCAUUUUUUUUGUCAAAGUCAUUAACAGUAAAUUGUGUUAAUGUAGCAUCUUGGGCUUUAAUAUUUUAUUUUAUAUGAGGUGCCUUUACUCCUCCUUUAUCUGUGAGCUUUUAAUGUAUAGAUUUUCCCUUCAUGCAGUGCUCGUAAUAUUGAAAUGGUUCCUUUUUAUAGCUUGUUUCUUCCAUGUACUUUGUUUACAGAUUUUUGAAAAUACAGUACUAAAAGUCAAAACGCACAGGGGCUACAUCUGUUACAUUUGCGAGUUGUUGUUUUUUUAAUAAAGACGACAAAUUAUAA